AUGCGUCGACACGCAGGUAGUGAGAUUGACCUGGACGAGAAGCUUCAUCGGGUUCCUACAGAGUCGGAAGAAGCACUAACAUUGCAAAAAUCCGACUUGGAUCAGAUGGCGAGUCAUCGUUGGGGAGAUGUGAGGGGUAUCCGGAGACACAAGAUUGCCAAACACAGUGCAGUAGCGUCUGUUGUUCACAUCAGUAAAACAGAGAAGCUGAAGAGGAAACUGUUGAAACCAAAGAAAAAGUUUGAUCACAGUCCACAUGAGUUAUUCGUCGAAUUAGAUGAACUCCACGUUGGUGACCAGAAUGACUGGGAUUGGGAAUGGAGGGAAAAGGCACGAUGGAUUAAGUUUGAAGAGGAUCUAGAAGAAGGGGCUGAAAGAUGGGGCAAACCCCACGUAGCAUCUCUGUCCUUCCACAGCCUUAUAGAACUUCGCAAAGGGCUUGAGCAAGGUGUGUUUCUCCUUGACCUUGAAAGCAAGGAUUUAUCGUCCAUUGUACAUAAUAUUGUUGAACAAAUGGGGAUUUACGAUCUGAUCCAGCCAGAAGACAAAGGAAAUGUACUCAGGACGUUAUUACUUAAACAUAAACAUGUUGAAAGUUCUCCUUUUUUACGACGGAAUUUCGCCCAUUACAACCUGACUGGUUUGGAGAAAGACACCCGACAAAGAUAUUUACAGUUAGAAGAAAUCUUUUUCUCCUUCCCUUGGUUUUUUUUUUUUCAUUUCAUCUAUCUUUAA